UCUAAUUUUUGCAAUAAAUAAUUUUUAGUUAGUUUUAGAAAUCAAUCUCCCUGAAUGAAAAUAAACAUUUGGUCAUGAAUAAAAAGUUAUAGACUAUCGAUAGUAUAAAAUGACUGGCGACGAUGGCAAAACAGCCAUUUGUCGUGUGUGUCUAAAGACUGACGAAGUGAAAAAUAAAAAGUUCAUUUCGUUGUUUGAAAAUUACAAAGAUACCGUGAUCUCUGAAAAUAUAAACUUGAUAGCAAACGUGUCGAUAAAACAAGGGGACGAUUUGCCGGCAGAGAUAUGUCCGGAUUGUUUGUUAGACUUGGAAACCGCCAUAAAUUUCAAAUACAAAUGUGAAUCCUCCAACCGAAUACUUCGAAACACAACAUUCCCUAAUCAUACAGAGUUUCUCUCGUUGGAAUAUAACUUGAAUCUUGUUAAGAAAGAAGAAAAUGAACAAUAUGAAACUGAAAACGACUUUGAUAUUGAUGUAAAUGAUUACUUGGAAACUAAAACUGAAGUGGAACAGCACAGUGAUAAUGUACUUGAGACAGCAGUACAGAAUAGGCUAAGUAAACCUCAAGACCUCAAAUUAAUAUGUAAUGAAUGUGGUGAUUCCUUUAAAAGUAAAUGCAAGAUGCGUGUACAUUGGAAAAAAGUGCAUCUCCCGCAAACAUUGAUUUGUUCAAUAUGCAAAAGGGUUUUUAAAACAUGUAAAGCAUUUAACAAACAUCAGAAGACUAGAUGCAAAAGCUGUAUAUCAACAGUUAACAUGAAAGUUGAGGGUAUUGGUAGAUCUAGAAUAUUCCAUUGUAAGUCAUGUAGUUAUAGCACAUCGAGAGUUAAAGAUAUGCAGUCACAUGUAGUAGUACACAAUGGGGAGCGCCCAUACUCCUGCUCUAUAUGUGGUAAGACGUUCACACAGCAUAGCGCAGUCCAGGCUCACAAAGAAUCAUCACACAAAGUGUAUUCAAUAGAGACAUUUUGCGAGUACUGUGGCAAGUAUUUGAAAGGUCGGGGUGCGGCUUAUAAGCAUAUCAAACGUCACAAAGAGAAUAGAUAUCAAUGUGAUAUAUGUAAAAAAAUGUUGAAGAACAAAAACACUUUGAAGAGCCAUUUAGUCAGACACACAGGUGUUAAAUCAUACACUUGUGAAAAAUGUGCAUAUACCUUCUUCACUAUAGGCGAAUUGGGUAAUCAUAGACGGUCUGUCCAUAAUAAGGAGAAACAUGCAUUCAAAUGCAAUAUUUGUGAUUACAAGGCAAGCAGAAAUGAAAUUAUAAAGCGACACAAAGCCAAACAUACAGCUGUCAAUAUGGCAUGCACAAUCUGUGGUAAAUUCUUUGUAGAUGCACUGAAGUUGUCUAUGCACCAGAAAAUGCAUUUAGUUGAGAAGAAAUAUCCAUGUCCACAUUGUGAGGCAAAGUACAUGAAGAAAGACUAUCUGAGACGGCAUAUACAGGCAAAGCAUGCAGGUAUGAUGGCAACACCUAGGUGUCUGCCUGUAAAAGAUGAGAGGUCAUCAUCCUCAAUAGUUUGGGACAAUGAAAUUGAGAUAUCAGCAUAAUAUCUACAUAAGAGAAGUCAAAAUUUUAUUUGUUAAAAAUAUUUAUUUAUCAUUGUUAUCAACAAGUUUAUCAUUGUAACAAACAGUACUUUCUAAAUUCUAAUGAAAAUUGAUAUAAAAAAUGAAAGAAUAGAAUAUUUUUGAUGAUUCUUUUUUAAUUUAAAAGGCUGAUUUUAAUUUUGGAUUAAUUUUAAUAUUAUAUCUGUUUAGUGCCUAAAACUAUCAAAGUUUGUUAUACUAAAUGAAGGUCCUUAGUACAAUUUCAGCUUGUACAAAAUGAGUUACCUAAAAUAUUUUCUUAACUCAAUUUGAUAAGAAAUUAUAAAUGAAAUACCAUUGAUAAGUUUGUGUUUAUUUGAAUAAUUUUCUAGUAAGUUCCUGAGAGAAAUGUUACAACAUUACAAGGCUGAAAAUAAUAUGUAAUAUUUGAACUAAGGAUUGUGUAUUGAGGCAAAUUUAAAUA